AUGCAGGGCAAUUUAAGCAGAUUAGUGAGAAAUGGCGUUCGACCGCUUUUGGCUAAAAGUAGUUUACAUACCACAACUGUUAACUAUGAUUCACAAGUAUCUGAAAAAACUUUAAAUCAAGUUACACUUCUUGGCCGAGUUGGUGCUGAUCCACAGAAAAGAGGCACUGAAGAGCAUCCUGUAAUAAACUUUCCUCUUGCAACUCAUUUCAGCUACAAAUAUGAAUCUGGUGAUGUUUUGCAAAAGACCGACUGGCACAGAAUCAGUGUUUUUAGACCAGGAUUAAGAGAUACGGUAUACAAAUUUCUUAAAAAAGGUCAAAGAGUUUAUGUAACUGGUAAAUUGUCAUAUGGAGAAAUUAAAUUAGAUGAUGGUCAAGUUAGAUCAGCAUCAACAGUAAUAGCGGAUGAUAUCAUAUUUUUCCAACCUCAAAGUGGAAAAACUUAA